CUGUUUUUAUUGCCAUUCGAGUUGUUAAUAUAUAAUGAGUGUGCAGAGUGUAAAUGGUAGGGAAUGUUUAGAGCAACAUUAAGGUUAACCUAUGUAACAAAACAACACCCACGUAGUCUGUUUGUUUCCUGUAUUAAAUCCACAUAUUAUGAUGUACUUGGGGUAAAGAGGGAUUCUUCCCAGGAGGAAAUUCGUGCGUCAUUUAUUGAGAAGUCCAAGGAUCUGCAUCCAGAUUCUUCAAACCAAGACACACAUCUGAAAUUUAUUGAAAUAAAUGAGGCAUAUUCUGUUCUUAGUCGAAUUGAUUUACGAUCACUAUACGAUAAAGAGCUUGAGGAUGCUACAGCUGGAGGUAUCGUGGUGGACAACCAUGCUGUGAACCCCUACCGCUCAUCUGCCUACCAAAGCCCAUAUCCUGCUUACAACGAAGCAUGGCAGAAUGCAGAUAGGUGGACAGACUACCAUAAUACAUACGGUACAAGCCGAGCAAAACGCGUCGCACAGCGAGGCCAGCAUCUCCCAUUUUGGAAGAACUUCUUUAACCACAAACUUGAGCAUGGGGGUGGGGGCCCACAGUUUGCGAGCCAUGGACCAGUGAAACGACAUCCUUUGUCAAAACAGUUCAAGUUUGCUUUGAUAAUGAUCGGGGUGAUUGUAAUUGCUGGAUUCUCGCUUAUUUGUAUAACAAAGGACGGCCAUUUUGAUUUUGAUAAGUUAAAAAGGGAAAGAACUUUACAGAUAUUAUCUAAAAUAAGCAGAAGUAACAGCAACCAAUUUUAUGACGAAAAGUAAAGUUAAUUUUUAUUUUCGUUAAAGUCCGAUGUUUUUAAUACAGUGUCUUAAUUCCCAUAAAAUUGAUAUAUUUUUGCCAUAUAAGCACCAAAUCCGGGGUUCCAUGGAAUAUUCUGCACUGCGUUAAUCAGUAAACAUUACAAAGUUAGGUCUCAUAUAAAUGUUUACUAACUACUCCUGGAUCAUCUAAUUCACCUGUAUUGAAAAAGUUUGUAUUCUAUUCUGUCUGAAUUACUUUUUAAAUUAUUACUUUAUUAUUUUUCAUUGUUUAGAAUACGAUCAGGAUAUUUGGAUAUUAUGUGUUAGCUGAAGGUAUUCCAUCUUCCCCACCCUACUAUAUUACUUUAUUAUUGUUCUAG